UAUUUAAUGAUACAAAAGAUAAAUCAAAUAGUUGUGACUAUUAUGAUGGUGUUAAACAAUAUACAGUAACAAUGGUGGUCGAUGGAUCGGAACAACAAAUAACUAUUCCCACCAAUGAAAAAUUAAGAAAUAUGUUAUACAGUGGUAAAAAAUGUAAAUCAACUUUAACUCUACUAGUUUAUUGUUGUCCCGAUAGUGGGAAAAUAUUACACAUAGGGUACCCAAGUGGUGGUUCAAGUCUACCACUUAGAUAUAAAUUUAAAAGCUAUACAAUAGAUAUGGAUAAAGUUUUGGAAAGACAUCACGAUGUGUGGUGUGUCAUUGGCUAUUUAGUCAAUAAAUACCAAACAAUCAAAAGUGAUUUAUCAAAUGAAACAAAACUUGUUGAUUUUGGUGCUCUUUUUGAUAUUCAAUAA